AUGUCAAAAAACUCUAUCCUGCUUCUUACCACAAUCUAUUACUCCCUGCUCGUUCUUGUUAACCUCCUCCUCCUCUCCCCACUGAUCAACUUCCUCGCGUCGCCGGCAAAUGCUUCAAGCAGUAGCACGAACGAAACAGAUCGACUCGCCUUGCUCGAAUUCAGAAAAGGAAUUGUCAGCGACCCUCAUGGAGUGUUCCGGUCCUGGAACGAUUCGGUCCAUUUCUGCAACUGGGUCGGGGUUUCCUGCAACGGCAAACAACGAGUCGUAUCUCUAGCCAUCCCGCAGCAAAACCUGGUUGGCACUCUGUCUCCAUACAUUGGCAACCUCAGCUUCCUUCGGGCUAUCAGCCUGGAUAACAAUACUUUCCACGGCGAGAUCCCCGUGGAAAUCAGCAACCUGCUUCGCCUCCAAGACCUAAAUAUCAGUAGGAAUUCUCUCUCAGGCAAAAUUCCUGACAACCUGACACGAUGCUCCGAGCUCAGGAUCAUUCAUUUGCAGUACAAUCGCUUACAGGGGAGCAUCCCUUGGGGGAUCGGGUUACUGUCCAAGCUCGUGUUCUUCAGGAUUGGAGAUAACAACCUGACAGGAGAGAUCCCGCCAUCAGUGGGGAACCUGUCGAAACUUAUCAACUUCGGAGCUCCUUUUCUCAACUUGGGGGGAACAAUUCCGGAGAGCUUAGGCAACCUAGAAAGCUUGUACAAGUUCGCUCUCGGCGGGAACCAACUUAGCGGCCCAAUUCCUCGAUCCCUGUUUAACAUUACAUCCUUGAGCAUCAUCGGCCUACCCUGGAAUCAGUUCACAGGUCGUUUGCCGGAGGAUAUAGGCUUCACUCUACCGAAUCUCCAGCAGUUUGGUAUUUCGAAGAACCAAUUCGUGGGUUCGAUCCCGGAUUCUUUCUGCAAUGCUACACAGCUACAGAUAAUCGACAUUAACAGAAAUAAUCUUGUGGGACAGAUUCCAAACUGCCUCGGGAAUUUGCCCAGCCUAUACUCGCUAGCGUUUGAGUUUAAUCAACUUGGCACUUAUUCUGCGACCGACUUUGAGUUCUUCACAGGGUUGCAAAACUGUACGCAACUGGAAUAUCUUGCCAUGGGUGCAAACAAGUUUGGAGGCGUUUUACCUAGCUCCAUAGCUAACAUCUCGGUCCAGCUCAUUCAAUUUGACGUAUCGGCGAACAAAUUGACAGGAGACAUCCCUGCCGGCUUGGAGAAAUUCGUCAACUUGAAUAACAUCGGUCUCUCGUUUAACCGAUUUCGAGGAGUAAUUCCAUCCUAUUUCACCAAGUUCCCAAAUUUGCAGUCAUUGCACUUGGCGGGAAAUCAGCUAUCAGGUCAAAUUCCAGCUACCAUCGGCAACUUGACUCUAUUGUCGGACCUCGACAUCUCCAACAACAGACUCGGCGGCGUUAUUCCGACAGGUAUCAGGUCAUGUCUCCAGUUGAUAAACUUGGACGUCUCAGGGAAUACUCUCUCUGGCGCCAUACCUGGUGAGGUUUUCACUCUUCCUUCAUUAACCAUGUUAUUGAAUCUGUCGAGAAACAAGUUUACGGGCAACCUGCCUGCAGAUAUCGGAAAGUUGGGUUAUCUGAAUGCUUUGGAUAUUUCUCAUAACUUGCUGACGGGGGAAAUCCCAAACGCCAUCGGCAACUGCAAGAGCUUGGAAUAUCUCUAUAUGCAGGGGAACUCUUUCAGCAGUUCAAUCCCUCCAUCUUUAGCUUCUCUGAAAGGCCUUCUCGUGCUGGAUCUUUCGCGCAAUGAUUUACAUGGCGAGAUUCCACCAGAUCUUAGGAACAUUAACUUUCAGUAUCUCAAUCUUUCCUUCAAUCAUCUCCAAGGCCAGGUGCCAAUGGGAGGCAUAUUUUCGAAUGCAAGUGGACUAUCAUUAGCAGGAAAUAGUAUGCUCUGCGGUGGUGUAUUGGAUCUCCAUCUCCCAAAAUGCCCAAUUGAUAAAACUACCAAGCAUCAUGGUAUCCAUUUGCAUAGAAUAUACCUCGCAGUUAUUUCUAUAUGUGUGGGUCUAUCAUUCUUCUCAUUGUCAGCCUUUCUAUUGAUCUUCAAGGCGAGAAGGUCGAAGAAGAAUCCAUCUCAAGAAUAUUCAAUAUCGCCCAGCUUUAUGAGGGUCUCUUACAGAGACCUCUACAAAGCCACAAAUGGAUUCUCUUCAGAUUGCUUGAUCGGGUCCGGCAGCUUUGGCAAUGUCUAUAAAGCCAAACUGGAGGACACUGACACAAUUGUAGCCAUCAAAGUACUGAAGCUGGAACAAAGGAAAGCUUACAAGAGCUUGGCUGCGGAAUGCAAUGCAUUGAGAAGCAUUAGGCAUCGAAAUCUGGUCAGGAUUGUGUCCUUCUGUUCCAGUCUGGACAACAACGGAGAGGAAUUCCGAGCUCUGGUUUACGAGUACAUGGCGAAUGGGAAUUUGGAGAAGUGGUUGCACGACAUGGAUAGUUCGCGGAGUUUGAACCUGGUUCAACGACUCAACAUAGCGAACGAUGUGGCAUCCGCGCUACACUACCUUCACGACCUCUGCGAAACCCCAAUUGUUCAUUGUGAUCUGAAGCCCAGCAAUGUGCUUCUCGACGACGACAUGGUUGCUCAUCUAAGUGAUUUCGGCAUUGCAAGGAUCCUUUCGGGGGAAGAGGACACCGCUUCAUCUAGCACAAUUGGCAUCAAAGGAACAAUUGGUUAUACUCCUCCAGAGUACGGAAUGGGCGGCGCUGCGUCGAAAGAAGGCGAUGUGUACAGCUUCGGGAUCCUCCUGCUGGAAUUGUUCUCGGGGAAAAGACCGACCGACCAAAUGUUCAGAGACGGCCGGAAUCUCCAAGAAUUUGUGAGGGCGGGGCUUCCAGACAUGAUAUCUGCGGUAUUGGAUCCGGUGCUUUUCCUCGAUGGCGACAGAAUUGAAGCGGCGGAGGGAGAAUGCGGCGGCGGCGGCGGUGGCGGUGGCGACGAUGAGAUCACUGAAGCAGUCGCAUUGCGGCAGCGAGACAGGGAAUUAGCAGAGGAGAGGUUGAUGAGGUCGAGUCAGUACAGGAGUUGUUUGGUUUCGGUGGUGGAAAUCGGUAUAGCUUGCUCACUCGAGUCGCCGGCGGAGCGGAUGAAGACGGCGGACGUUUCACGGAAGCUACAGUCCGUAGAGGAUGCUUUCGUGGCGAGCACC